UUUAUUAAAAAGCAAUUAGGGUAGGCUAGCCUAAAAUGACAUACUAGGGUAAAACAACAUAGGUACAAAAUCUCCAACUUGGCAACAGUAUUUUUCGGAAUAACUUUAUGUCACGGCAUGUCUUUAUAUUACGCGUAUUAAAAAUAUCGAGAUUAGUUUAGCGUUAACGUUCAUAGAGCGUGCUUUGUAUUUUUUCAAGUCUACAAAAUGUUUGUGUUUUAAAACAGAAGAUUUAACUAAAGUAUUUAAAGUUUAAUUUUUUACGCUCUAACCUAAUUACAGAAUGGUUGGAAAUUACUCAAGAAAAACCACGCGUCAGUCUUGGGAUCCGUUACAGAUGCAAAAAGCUAUUGCGGCAGUACAAAAUGGAGAAAUGGGCUGGCUCAAAGCUUCAAAAACAUUUGGCGUACCCCAGGCUACGCUAAGAAGACGAGCAUCGGACAAAAAUAAAAGAGUCAAAGCUACUGAUAGGGGUCUAGGCCGAUACGAAACCACGUUUUCCGUAGAGUUGGAGAGGGACCUAGUUCAACAUAUCAAAUUAUUGGAAUCUUGUUUAUUUGGUUUAUCAUGCGAUGAAGUUCGUUCCUUGGCGUAUUAACUGGCAGAAAGAAAUGGAAUUGCACACAGGUUCAACUCAACUACUUAAAUGGCUGGUUGGGAUUGGCUACGUGGAUUUAGGUCCAGAAACCCCGAUAUAUCUCUUAGAAAACCUGAAGCUACUUCGGCCGCUAGAACACAAUCCUUCAAUAAACCGCAAAUUGCUAAUUUUCUUACAACUUUUCAAGAGACGGUUGAAAAAGAGCAUAUCAACCCCACGCGCAUUUGGAAUGUAGACGAAUCUGGCCUGUUUACUGUCCAAAAACCUAGCCGAAUACUUGCUACCAAAGGUCGGAAACAAGUUGGCUUAAUUUCAAGUGCUGAUAGGGGGCAGCAUAUUACAGCUGUGGUUUGCAUGAGCGCAGCAGGAGCCUAUAUUCCCCCAUCAUUAAUUUUUCCCAGAAAAAAACUGGAAAAAGGAACUGACCGACGAGGCUCCCUUAGGUACAUUGGGAAUAGCUCAAGAGACAAGCUGGAUGCAACAUUUUAGAGAAUAUUCUAAUCCUUUAAAGGCAAAUAAAGUGUUACUUCUGGUUGAUGGACAUGCUAGCCAUAAAACUCUAGAUGUUACAAGAUUUGCUAAAGAAAAUGGAAUAGAAAUGAUAUGCUUCCCACCUCAUUGCACCCACCGGCUGCAACCUUUAGAUGUGUGCUUUUUUAGGCCAUUAAAAACAUUUUAUGAUCAAGAUGUUACAAAAUGGCUAAAAUGUCAUCCAGGCAGAACUGUUUCUUCAUAUCAGAUCGGUGGGUUAUUUGCUGCAGCAUAUGGAAAAGCAGCUACAAAUCAAAAUGCUGUAAGUGGGCUUAUAAAAACAGGAAAAUGGCCGCUAAACCCAGAUAUAUUUCCUGAUUAUCUGUUUAACCCUGCAAUGGUCACAGAUAGAUAUCAAGAUAGUGAUACUCAAGUGGCUAACCAUUCAUUGAAUAUAAACAAUAUUUCAGUUAUUCGCCCACAAGACAUUUCCCCUCUUCCAAGUUCAUCCGGGAUACAAGCAAACCCAAGAAAGCGGAAGGCAGAAGGAACCAAAGUGCUUACGAGUACCCCAAUAUUAGAGGAACUUAAAGCUAGAGAAGCGGAAAAACAAGCUGCUGAAUUUCGCAAAGCCGCGAAACGAACCAAAAAAAAUUUAACUCAUUUAGUCGAAAGUCCCUUAAGUUUAAAAGAAGUUAUUCAAAUCAAAGAAGUUGCCAAAGAAAGUAAAAACCGCAUAACACGUAAGGCUGCCAUAGUAGCAUCCGAACACUUUGUCCCAAUGGACGAAAGCUCUGAUAAUGAAGAGCCGUUUCAAGAUGAAGACGACGAAGAUGAUCUAUAUUGUAACAGUUUGUACUCUAUGUCCAAGUCCAAGGAACCAUGGGUUAGAUCGUGCUCGAAAUGAGCACAUUGUGAGUGUGCUGGUAUUUCUAAAAGAAGCAAACAAUAUGUAUGUGAACUUUGUUAAUUUUAACUUGUAAUGACCUUAUGUACCUAUGUAAGUUUCUUAUGUCAUUUUACCCAAGUAUGCUCGGGUAAAAUGACACAUUUACAUAUUUCUUUUUAUAUUUUUUUCGCCAGGAUUAUUCAUUUAUUUAAAAAAAAUUAGGUUA